UUUGAUCGAAAUUCUGAUUUUACAGAUUCAGAAUGAGAAACUGUCAUCCCAUUCAAUCCAAUUGGGAUGCCUCGGCUCUGACAUGUCUCUUAAGAGGAGUAACAUGAAGCUCAGAAUUAUGGGUGUAUUCUAUACUACCAAAUAAAAGGGUAAUUGAUCUAUGGUCGAUUCCGUAACAAAUAAAUAGGAAUGUUUAGUUGUACCUCGUGAAAAAAGACUUCUUUCUUUUGCUUUUGUGGAAUUAACCAUUCUCUUUUCUCUUUCUUUUAGAAAGAAUUUUUUUUAUGUUCAAGUAAACAAAUAUGUCAUGGUUACAGGAGUCUAUCCAUCGCAUAUAGGCUUUAAGGGCAUCGUGGCAUAACCGUCGAGGCGAAGUCAGGACCUAAAAAGAUCGAAUGAAACGAUACAUAGACAAGUAAAUCCCUUAUGAAUUCUAAGGUACUCCUUUAAUUUUGAAUUUAAGUUUAAGGGGAUUCAUCAUUCGAAGGGAAGUAGACUACUCAAUAAUAUUUCAUUUAUGUCGUAAUUGAAUAAAGAAUUCAGAAAAUCUAAAUAAUAAGGAAGAAUGAAUCAAUGAAAUGUUGCUUGGUCUUCACUGGGAACUUGAGUAAGGAGUAGUUGUUUUGAGGAUUUUCUAGAAUUUGAAAGCCAGAACCCCUUUCUUUAUCUUUAUUUGGUGUAACUACUUGAGCCGGACGAGAGGAAACUUUCACGUCCGAUUUUGAAGGGGGGAGAUCCUAUAGGAUCCUAUCCCAAUUUUUCUUUUGCUAGGCCCAUAGAGAAAAAACCUACUUUCUUACGAUUACGAGGUUCAUUCGAAUAUGAAAUUCAAUCUUGGAAAUACAGCAUCCCACUUUUUUUUACUACCCAAGGUUUCGAUACAUUUCGAAAUCGAGAAAUCUCUACCGGAGCCGGUGCUAUACGAGAACAAUUAGACGAUCUGGAUUUGCGAAUUAUUAUAGAUUAUUCAUUGGUAGAAUGGAAAGAAUUAGGGGAAGAAGGGCCCACAGGUAAUGAAUGGGAAGAUCGAAAAAUUGGAAGAAGAAAGGAUUUUUUGGUUAGACGCAUGGAAUUAGCUAAGCAUUUUAUUCGAACAAAUAUAGAACCAGAAUGGAUGGUUUUGUGUCUAUUACCAGUUCUUCCUCCCGAGUUGAGACCGAUCAUUCAGAUAGAUGGGGGUAAACUAAUGAGCUCGGAUAUUAAUGAACUCUAUAGAAGAGUUAUCUAUCGGAACAAUACUCUUACCGAUCUAUUAACAACAAGUAGAUCUACACCAGGGGAAUUAGUAAUGUGUCAGGAGAAAUUGGUACAAGAAGCCGUGGAUACACUUCUUGAUAAUGGAAUCCGCGGACAACCAAUGAGGGACGGUCAUAAUAAGGUUUACAAGUCGUUUUCAGAUGUAAUUGAAGGCAAAGAAGGAAGAUUUCGUGAGACCCUGCUUGGCAAACGGGUCGAUUAUUCGGGGCGUUCCGUCAUUGUCGUAGGCCCUUCACUUUCAUUACAUCAAUGUGGAUUGCCUCGCGAAAUAGCAAUAGAACUUUUCCAGACAUUUUUAAUUCGCGGUCUAAUUAGACAACAUCUUGCUUCGAACAUAGGAGUUGCUAAGAGUCAAAUUCGAGAAAAAGAACCGAUUGUAUGGGAAAUACUUCAGGAAGUUAUGCGGGGGCAUCCUGUAUUGCUGAAUAGGGCACCUACUCUGCAUAGAUUAGGCAUACAGGCAUUCCAACCUAUUUUAGUGGAAGGACGUGCUAUUUGUUUACAUCCAUUAGUUCGUAAGGGAUUCAAUGCAGAUUUUGAUGGGGAUCAAAUGGCUGUUCAUGUACCUUUAUCUUUGGAGGCUCAAUCGGAGGCUCGCUUACUUAUGUUUUCUCAUAUGAAUCUCUUGUCUCCAGCCAUUGGGGAUCCCAUUUCCGUACCAACUCAAGAUAUGCUUAUUGGACUCUAUGUAUUAACGAGCGGGAAUCGUCGAGGUAUUUGUGCAAAUAGGUAUAAUCCAUGUAAUCGAAGAAACUAUCAAAAUGAAAGAAUUGACGAUAAUAACUAUAGGUAUACGAAAGAAAAAGAACCCUUUUUUUGUAAUUCCUAUGAUGCAAUUGGAGCUUAUCGGCAUAAAAGAAUUAAUUUAUAUAGUCCUUUGUGGCUCCGGUGGCAACUAGAUCAACGCCUUAUUGCUUCAAAAGAAGCUCCCAUCGAAGUUCACUAUGAAUCUUUGGGUACCUAUCAUGAGAUUUAUGGGCACUAUCUAAUAGUAAGAAGUGUAAAAAAAGAGAUUCCUUGUAUAUACAUUCGAACCACUGUUGGUCAUAUUUCUCUUUAUCGAGAAAUCGAAGAAGCCAUCCAAGGCUUUUGUCGGGCCUGCUCAUAUGAGACCUAAUCAUAUGAUACUUAGGCUAAGUAAUUAUAUGAUAUGAUACCGGUAUUAAUUCGGGUCUCUCCGGUUCAACUAGGAUCAUAGUUCUUGAAUUUCUACGCGAAGCAA